ACCCAAAAAUAUUCACAAUUAGUAUCAUCGAAAAAGAAAGAACAAAAAAAAAAGAACUCUAAUAAUGGAUUAUUCAUAAUAAUCCUCACACUAAUCUCCUCCAUUUUUCCCCCAUUUUUUUCCCAUCUUAAUUUCCCGAAAAAAAAAAAAAACCAAAAAAGACAAAAGAAAACAAAAACAGUUUAGAUAGUGUUUUUAAUUUUCCCGGCGGAAAAAAUGGACAAAACGGAAUCAUCGGAAACACAUGUUCACAAAUCCGAAGAUCACGAUCACAAAAAACAUUCCGAUGAAUCGGAACAAAAACUUCAUUCAUCGACGCCGGAAUCGGAAACCACCGAGGCGAGCCUUGUUCAGGUGAUGGAAGCCGUCGACGUAUUCAUCCAAGAACUUUCUUCCGAGAAGAAUGAUCCUUUACAGGAGAUUCCACCGGCGGUGGAGCCGUUCCCGGAGACGGUGGAUUCAUUGGUGUCGAAGAUGGAAUCUUCCGGGCUUGGACGAGACGAAACAGAGGACUCUGUAUUCAUCGACGCCGUUAACCGGAUUUCAAAAUCGGUUAUGAGAUUGAGAGAGCUUAAAUUAGAUUCAACUCCGGUUUCUUCUUGGUUAAACCGGGCGAGUUCGGUUCAGCACCGUGCUGUCUCUCUUCUCGACGAAGAGUUCCGUCAUCUUCUUGAUCGUUCCAGAGAAGAUAAGAAGAAGAACAGAAACAACAACGAUGGGAACAGCUCCGAUCAUAACCAUUCUUCGGCAAACGAAUCCGACCGAUGCGCUUUACCGGACAAUGAUAAGGAGGAGGAGGAGGAAGAAAGCUUCCCGGAUUUUUCACCGGAAUCGAUCUCGACGUUGAAGAAGAUCUACGGGGCGAUGAUCUUCGCCGGUUACGAAUCAGAGUGUUGUAUGUCUUACGAAAUGUCGAGACGGCACGCGUUCAAGGAGGAGCUGAGCGAGGUUGGAUUCGAAGGGAUCAACGUUGAAGACGUUCAGAGAAUAGCUUGGGAGUCUCUUGAAGGUGAGAUCGCUUCUUGGAUCUCAAUCGUUCGCCGUUGCUCCACGUUGCUUUUCCCCGGCGAGCUUUCUCUCUGCAACACCGUCUUCUCCGAUGCCUCUAUCCGUAAACGCCUCUUCACCGGUUUGAUCUCCGCUGUUACAAUCCGGUUCCUAGAUUUCUCCGGUGCCGUGGUUCUUACGAAACGCUCGUCGGAGAAGCUUUUCAAGUUCCUAGACAUGUACGAGACGCUCCGUGACUUGAUCCCAGCGGUGGAACAAUCUGAUUCGGAUCUGAUCCAAGAGAUCAAACUGGCUCAGACGAGGCUAGGUGAAGCAGCAGUGACUAUAUUCGGAGAGCUUGAGAAGUCGAUCAAGAGCGAUAACGGAAGAACACCUGUUCCGAGCGGUGCGGUUCAUCCAUUAACACGUUACACCAUGAACUACCUCAAAUACGCAUGUGAGUACAAGGAGACACUAGACCAAGUGUUCCAACACUACGAAUCGAAUCAAACAGAUACCAUACCUGAACCAGAGACAAAACCAAAACAACAGCAACGAGAAGACGAUGAAGAGUACAAAACGUCAGCUUACGCUAGACAAAUGAUAAGGGUUAUGGAGUUGCUUGACGCUAAUCUAGACAUCAAAUCGAAACUGUACAGAGACCCGUCACUGCGAUAUAUAUUCUUGAUGAACAAUGGGAGAUACAUUCUGCAGAAGAUUAAAGGUUCGACAGAGAUAAGGGAUUUGAUGGGACAGUCAUGGACAAGGAAAAGAUCGACAGAGUUGAGACAGUAUCAUAAGAGCUACCAGAGAGAAACUUGGGGCAAAGUGUUGCAGUGUAUGAAUCAAGAAGGGUUACAGGUAAACGGGAAAGUGUCGAAGCCGGUUUUGAAAGAAAGGUUCAAGAUUUUCAAUGCUAUGUUCGACGAGAUUCACAAGACGCAGAGCACUUGGAUUGUGAGUGAUGAGCAGAUGCAAUCUGAGCUUAGGGUGUCGAUCUCAGCGUUGGUGAUUCCAGCUUAUAGGUCUUUCUUUGGGAGGUAUAAACAACAUCUUGAUUCAGGGAAGCAGACGGAUAAGUAUGUCAAGUAUCAGCCUGAGGAUAUUGAAUCUUUCAUUGAUGACUUGUUUGAUGGCAACCACCCUACUUCUUUGGCACGCAAGAGAAAUUGAUAACUCCUUGUCUCUUACACUAUGAGGAGAACACGAAUUGUUCCUUUUUGCUUCUUCCUUUUUUUAUUUCCAACCCUUCUAUCAAUAUCUUUCAUUACCUUCAUGUUUAUAGAAUCCGACAAGCUACCAUGAAAACUUUUUGUUUUUUUGUUACUUUUCAAAAGUUUGAGUUUCUUUUACUGUUAAGUCUAUGUUUUAAUAUCCUGUUUAAACAAGUUGUGAGCAAAAAUUGUUUAGAACUACUUAGGGAUAAAGGCACGAAAUUA